GGAGUCUGUUCCUGUCCACAAGUUCACUGUCAAAUCCCUCCACCUACAAUGGAUGCAUCAGUGGUCUACGCUGACUUAAACCUAGCCAGGACCCAAGAGCCUAAGCAGGCAUCCCUUCCAGCUCCUCCCCCAGACAGCUGCCGAUGCCCACGCUGGCAUCGGUUGGCUCUGAAACUCAGCUGUGUUGGGUUGAUCCUUCUUGUCCUGACUGUGAUUGGUCUCGGUGUCUUAGGAAAAGGCGUUCAAGAGAACAAGACGAAAGCAACAGUCGAAAAAUGCAAUGUGAACGUUUCAGAGAGCAGUACGAAGGCAACAGGUAAUUUUGACUUCCUGAUUUUGAUCAAUAUCACAUUACCUUUCAUCAAGGCUCACAUCAUGGCGGGUCUUAUGUUUGAGAAAAUGGAAGCAUAA